CAUUACGUCAGCGUUCCGUAGCUGUUGGUUCCUUUUGGCUCCUUUUGUUGUCACAUUAAAUGUUAGUUUGAGGCUUCAGUAAGAUGCCGAAGGUCGUUUCCCGGAGUGUGGUGUGUUCGGACACCAGGGACAGGGAGGAGUAUGACGACGGGGAAAAGCCGCUGCAAGUGUAUUACUGUUUAUGUGGACAAAUGGUGCUGGUGCUCGACUGCCAGCUGGAGAAAUUACCCAUGAGGCCACGGGACAAGGCACGUGUAAUCGACGCGGCCAAACACGCGCACAAGUUCUGUAAUGUAGAUGAGGAUGAGAGUGUGUACCUGAAAUGGCCUGAGGGGAUCGAGCGUCAGUAUCGCAAGAAGUGUGGAAAGUGUGGUCUUCUUUUGUUCUACUACCACCAGCUGAAAAACACUCCUGUGACGUUCAUCGUGUCUGGGGCAGUGGUAAAGUUUGGAGAGGGAUUCGGGAACGCCAGUGUGUACAGUCAGAAACAGGAGACACCAAAGAAAGUCCGGGUGAUGAUGACAAAGCGCACUAAAGACAUGGGGAAGUUCAGCUCUGUUACCGUUUCAACCAUCGAUGAGGAAGAGGAGGAGAUUGAAGCGAGGGAGGUGGCUGAUUCCUAUGCUCAGAAUGCUAAGGUGAUCGAGAAACAGCUGGAGAGGAAGGGCAUGAGCAAGAGACGACUACAGGAGCUGGCUGAAUUAGAAGCUAAGAAGGCCAAGAUAAAAGGAACGCUCAUCGACAACCAGUUUAAAUAGAGUGUGUCUGUGUGUGUGUGUGUGUGUGUGUGUGUGUGACACUUGUAUGUAAAAUUAUACUUGGGUAUACAUUUAUAAUUUGUUGUACAGUUGUGUGUGUGAUGUAAAUACAAGCUGUUGUUAAUUUUUUUAAUGAAAUAAAUUUCUUCAUCUUUGUUUCCUCAUCAA